UAGUAGAUUAGCUUUAGCCUCAUCAAAAGAAGAAAAGAAAAGUUAACAAACCAGACCACUGAUUUUACUUUACUUUGACACCUCAAUAAUACCACCUUUACUAAUCCAACCAAAAAGCACAACAUUUACAUACACCCAAUCACAUUAUCUCCAAGUUACUGUCCAAAUACUGCAUUUUCCCCAAGUUUCAGUUUCCUUUUCUAACAUAUAUAUCCCAAAUCCACCCAUUUUAUUAAUCCAAGAUCUGUCCUUUUGAUGAAUUUCAUACCCUUAAAGAUGUUGAAAUGUGGAAAAAAAUGAAGAUUGGUUUAUGGGGUUUGCUUAUUUUGCUUUUUAAGGCUUAAAGAUUGGAUCUUUUUUUAAUUAGAUAAGAUACCCAUGUUUAAUCUUGUGUAAAACCCUUUAAAGAUGUUGAAAAGUGGGAAAAAAAAAUGAAGAUUGGUUUAUGGGAUUUGCUAAUUAUGUUUUCAAAGGCUUAAAGAUUGGAUCUUUUAUUUUUUUUUGGUAGAUAAAAUACCCAUGUUGAAUCUUGUUUUAGAAACCAAAGGUUGGUAUUUUAUUGUUAUGGAUGACAGUAGAAAUGAAGCUUACAAGUCUUUAUGAAAUAGUGGUGUAUUUAGUUGGUAUUGGUAAUGGUUAAAGAAAUGUUUGUUUAGUUGAUAUUAUUGGUAUUAGUGAAAUAUUGCAUGUUUAGUUCUUGGGAGCUCUGAAAUUGAGAGAUUUAUGUUUUCUUGUGCUUGAAGUUGAGGAUAAACGCCGUUUCGUUUUGGUAAUUGGUUGUUUCCAAACCAAGAAUCUUGAUUUUAGGACCUACCCCUUUUAAUAUUACCAAGAAAAUGUUUUGGUUUUGAUAUUUAUUUUUGUUCAUAGCAAGACAAUUUAGCUGAAAGUUCCAAGUGUUUGAAUUGUUGUUGAAGACUUGGGGAAAGCUGCGAAUCUUGUUUUGUGAGUGCUUUGAGUAAAGGGCUGUUUGGAUUGUUGUGAAUAGAGAAAUCUGUGAAUGUUGUUUUGUGAGUAAUUUGAAGGGGCGUUUGGAUUGUUGUUGAAGACUGGGGAAAGCUGUGAAUCUUGUUUUUUGAGUGAUUUGAGUAAAGGGGUGUUUGGAUUUGUAAGAAAUCAUAAUGGCAAUGUCCUGCAAGGAUGGUAAAUCACUCGAUGAUAACGGGAAGUAUGUCCGUUAUACACCUGAGCAGGUUGAAGCUCUUGAAAGGCUAUAUCAUGAGUGUCCAAAGCCAAGUUCAAUGCGUCGGCAACAACUUAUUCGUGAAUGCCCUAUUCUUUCCCACAUUGAGCCUAGGCAAAUCAAAGUUUGGUUUCAGAAUAGAAGAUGCAGGGAAAAACAGAGGAAAGAGUCAUCAAGGCUUCAGGGUGUCAAUAGGAAGCUGUCAGCAAUGAACAAGCUAUUAAUGGAAGAAAAUGAUAGAUUGCAGAAGCAAGUUUCUCAACUGGUAUAUGAAAAUGGCUAUUUCCGCAAGCAAACUCAAACUACAAAGCUUGCUUCAAAAGACACCAGUUGUGAAUCAGUGGUAACGAGUGGUCAAAACCACUUGACACCUCAGCAUCCCCCAAGGGAUGCUAGUCCUGCAGGGCUUUUGUCCAUUGCAGAAGAGACUUUAACAGAGUUUCUAUCAAAGGCUACUGGAACUGCUGUUGAGUGGGUCCAAAUGCCUGGAAUGAAGCCUGGUCCGGAUUCCAUUGGAAUCAUUGCUAUUUCUCAUGGUUGCACUGGCAUGGCAGCAAGAGCUUGUGGCCUGGUUGGUUUAGAUCCAACGAGGGUUGCUGAAAUCCUGAAGGAUCGCCCUUCGUGGUAUCGUGACUGCCGGGCUGUUGAAGUUCUAAAUAUGCUGCCCACUGCCAAUGGUGGAACCAUUGAACUUCUUUACAUGCAGCUUUAUGCUCCAACAACUUUGGCGCCUCCUCGUGACUUCUGGCUGUUACGCUAUACUACUGUUACGGAUGAUGGCAGCUUUGUGGUUUGUGAAAGGUCACUGGGAAAUACUCAAAAUGGUCCAAGUAUGCCGCCAGUUCAGAAUUUUGUGAGAGCAGAAAUGCUUCCUAGUGGAUACUUGAUUCGACCCUGUGAGGGCGGUGGCUCUAUUGUGCAUAUUGUAGAUCAUAUGAAUUUAGAGGCAUGGAGUGUGCCAGAGGUGUUGCGUCCACUGUAUGAGUCAUCUGCAGUGCUUUCUCAGAAGACAACAAUGGCAGCACUACGCCAACUGAGGCAGUUAACAUUGGAAGUUUCACAGCCUAAUGUCACUAAUUGGGGCAGAAGACCAGCAGCUCUACGGGCAUUAAGCAAGAGAUUGAGCAGAGGCUUCAACGAGGCUCUCAAUGGUUUCUCCAGUGAGGGCUGGUCUAUGCUGGAUAACGAUGGAAUGGAUGAUGUCACCAUCCUUGUUAACUCUUCUCCUGACAAAUUGAUGGGUUUAAACCUUUCUUUUGCUGAUGGAUUUACAUCUCUAAGCAAUUCAGUUUUGUGUGCAAAAGCAUCUAUGCUUCUACAGAGUGUGACUCCUGCGAUACUUCUUAGGUUUUUGCGUGAGCAUCGAUCAGAAUGGGUAGACAACAAUAUUGAUGCUUACUCAGCUGCAGCUGUUAAAGUUGGUCCUUGCAGCCUGCCUGGGACUCGAGCCUGUAAUUUUGGGGGUCAAGUGAUACUUCCACUGGCACACACUGUUGAACAUGAAGAGUUGCUGGAGGUCAUUAAGUUGGAAGGAGUUUGCCAUUCCCCGGAAGACGUUAUAAUGCCAAGAGAUAUGUUUCUAUUGCAAUUGUGCAGUGGAAUGGAUGAAAAUGCUGUUGGUACCUGUGCUGAACUAAUUUUUGCUCCUAUUGAUGCCUCAUUUGCUGAUGAUGCACCACUCCUUCCUUCUGGGUUUCGCAUUAUUCCUUUGGACUCUGCUAAGGAAGCCUCCAGUCCAAAUCGCACCCUUGAUCUUACUUCUGCUCUUGAAACUGGGCCAGUAGGAAGUAAGGUGGCUAAUGACCUUAAGUCGACUGGUGGCACAUCAAAAUCUAUUAUGACAAUUGCUUUUCAAUUUGCAUUUGAAAGCCACAUGCAAGAGAAUGUUGCAUCAAUGGCUAGAAAGUAUGUCCGAAGCUUCAUUUCAUCUGUUCAGAGGGUUGCAUUAGCACUUUCUCCAUCUCACUUCGGUUCCCUGGGAGGUCUUCGUCUGCCUCUGGGGACUCCUGAAGCUCAUACACUGGCUCGAUGGAUCUGCCAAAGUUACAGGCGUUUUUUGGGUGUGGAGCUUCCGAAAAUGAGUAGUGAAGGAAGUGAAUCAAUCCUUGAAAACGUAUGGCAUCACUCAGAUGCUAUUAUCUGCUGCUCUGCAAAGGCUAUGCCAGUUUUCACAUUUGCAAAUCAGGCUGGUCUUGACAUGCUGGAGACAACCUUGGUUGCGCUUCAAGAUAUUUCUUUGGAGAAAAUAUUUGAUGAAAACGGAAGGAAAAACCUCUGCUCUGAGUUCCCACAGAUAAUGCAACAGGGUUUUGCAUGUCUCCAAGGUGGAAUCUGUUUGUCGAGCAUGGGUAGGCCUGUUUCUUAUGAGAAAGCUGUGGCUUGGAAGGUUCUGAAUGAAGAAGAUACUGCUCAUUGUAUCAGCUUUAUGUUCGUGAAUUGGUCGUUUGUCUAAAUUUUUUAUUAAGGUAUCAGUAAAACUUAAGCAACAUCUCUAUCUUCCCGUAGGGAAGGAACAAACCGUUUUGAACUAAGUUUGGAUUAACUUCCUUUUUCUGCUGUUGUUGCUACUGAGAAUAUUCCCGUAGGUAAGGAACAAACCAUUUUGAACUA